UUUUAUAUAGAUUUCAUCAAUUAUGUUAACAGUAGUAAUUAAUAUAUAAACUGAUAUUGAAUAAAGAAAAAGAAAGUAAAUAUGUCUUACGUAGAACAUGGACCUCGAAUUUUUUUAACUAGUAAACAUAACUCUGGAACACCUUUGAUAUAUGGUGAUUAUGUUUUACCGAAAAAACGUUUAGAAGGUCGAUUAAAAUUACAUGAUUCUUGUUCGGAUAUUAGAGCUUGGAGUCCGAAUUCUUUAGAAAAUUCACGUUAUUUUCGUGAACUCAAUGAACAUGAUUCAUCAAUAGGAAAAAUAAUACCAUUUAAUGUAGUCAUUGAUAAUAUUAUUCAACUCAAUUCAGAAACUCAAAAUAAACUUCAAGCAGUUAAAAGAGAACUUAACAAAUAUAAGAGUCUUAGACUUACUCCUGAACAAGAAGAAGAAUUAAGAAAUUUAGAUUAUAUUUCAAAAGUAAAAACUUCGUCACAGAAAAACAAUUAUACAACAGGAUUAUUAAAGGAUGCAUUUUUUAAUAUGAGCAAAUCAGGUCCUGUGAUUCAUUCAAAUUCAUAUUUAUCAAUUCAUAUACCUUGUGAGAGAAAUUUACAAAAUAAACAAAAUGCAUCAACUAUAACAAAUCAUAAUCAAUUAUAUUCUUUAACAGCGUAA